GAAAAUCUUCCUCGAGUGAGAAAAGGAAAAUUAGCGCAAGGUGGGAGAGUGGAGGAGGAUUGCUACGAGGAGAGGACGUGGGACCCCAAGGUUGUGAUGCCAGCCCUCACCAUGAUGCCGAUUGCGCAUGUUAAAUCAUGCUUCCCACGAAGGAACGGAUGUCCAAGGCAAGGAUCAGUUGUUCCAUCCUCUCGCGCUAAGAUCGACAUUGUCUUUGGAACCAAUCCCCAUCAUUCACUGGAGGGAUUGGAGGAUUUCUCUCACGUGUGGAUUCUUUUCGUCUUCGACGGGAAUGGCACGAACUACUGCCCAAGACCUCACAUCUAUCCUCCUAGACUCCUUGGUGCCUCCAAGGGCGUGUUUGCUACUCGUUCGCCUCAUCGUCCUUACCCCAUCGGAAUCUCACUCUGCAAGCUCGAGAAGGUCUUCAAGGUGGAGGGAAGGACCCUGGAGCUGUCAGGUGUGGACCUUGUUGAAGGAACGCCUGUGAUCGACAUCAAACCUUACAUCCCC